CUAUAGCCUCCCAGAGGGGGUUAUCGAAGCCUUCCUAUAUUCCGUUCUGAAUGAACCGUUUACCCGCACUGUCUUAUACACAACGUUACUCGCCCCCCACGCAGCGUCCAAAGCCAACAUUUAGGCUCAAUGAGACAAGCUAAGGCUUAUCAACUUGGAGCAUCUCGCGUUUAUUCACGCUUUUUCCUUUCCGUGAACACCUUGAGCUUGCAAGCAGCCUGCUGGACGGAAACCAUAUUCGCCCACUUUGAUCUUGGCGACACGCGCCUGAACAAGCGGGUGAAGACAUUGAUGGGACGAUAAGCAGCCAAGCAGAGCGUUUGCGUGCCGCAGGCCUGUCCGGGUUGG